UAAAGAAAACGUGCGAAUUUUCUACACCAAUUAUUCUCUACGGCUAUCUAACCUUAUCGCCAAAAUGACAAUAAAUAUCAAACCAUUAGCCACCCCAAAUCAUUGCGAUUCACUCUUCUCCCCCAUCAUCUUUCAGUCAGGAGAUAUCUGACGGAUUUGAACGGCCACGAUGGAACCGCUUGGUGGUAACAAAGGACAAGGAUUCAACGAUGUUGGUUUUGAAGGUGUGAAGAAAAUAACUGUGGGAGCCGAUGAUGUAAACAUAACUUAUAUCAAGAUCGAAUACGUAAAGAACGGAAAAGUCGAGAUCCGUGAGCAUGGAGCGGCUCGUGGCGAACUAAAAGAGUUUUCAGUGGAUUAUCCGAAAGAUAGUAUCACUGCCGUUGGUGGAACCUACAAGCAUAUUUACUCUUAUGAUACAACGCUUAUCACAUCGCUGUACUUCACAACCUCUAAAGGAUUUACCUCUCCUUUAUUCGGUGAGAUGAAGGGAACCGAAUUCGAGUUCAAAGGUGAAAGUGGAGAAAAGCUUAUUGGAUUCCAUGGACGUAGCAGUAAUGCUAUCGAUGCCAUCGGAGCUUAUUUCGGCUCUAACUCCAUAGGUGAUGACUCAAACAGUGGAAGCGGAUCUAGUACUCAAAAACUUGACGCUCAAGGUGGCAACGGAGGCAAUGAAUGGGAUGAUGGAGGUGAUCACGACGGUGUGACAAAGAUACAUAUCGCAGUUGGUAGAGGUAUUGAGCAAAUCAGGUUUGAUUAUCUCAAGAACGGACAGACAAAGGAAGGACCCGCCCAUGGUGUGAAGGGUGGCAGAUCUUCCAUUAGAACGUUUGAGGUAAGUCAUCCCAACGAGUAUUUACUUUCUGCGAAGGGUUGGUCUGAUUCAUCCAACAAGAUUGUGGGAAUUAAAUUCAUAACCAACACAAAGACUUCAGAAUGUUAUGGAUUUGAAAAAGUUCCUGGAGAAGAAGGUACAGAUAUUUCACUUGAAGUGAAAGACAAGAAGAUCGUUGGUUUUCAUGGCCUCGCUGACUCGCAACUCAAUUCUCUUGGAGCUUAUUUCGCUCCAAUCACCAGCUGAAAUCGUUGUUGGGUCCGUUUCUUGAUUUCCCUAUGAAUAAGGUUACAUCAGAGCCAUACUUGUGUGGAUUUCCGUAUGGACUAAAUACGUUUUAUGUUUGUUUUUCUUAAAUAAUAAUACGUUUUAUGUUGUUUCUCAAAAAAAAAAAAAAGACUAUGUUUCACGUUUUCUUAUGUUUGAGUGUGAUUUUUGUGUUUGAGUGCGAUGUUUCUGUUGUCAUUUGUGGAUUUCAUAAAGUAUGACUAUGUUUAUUUUUAGAGACAA